AACCAACAGUAACCAGCUCUACAGCCGACACAUUUCGUUAUGACCAAGUUAUGACCGUUUGUAAGGUGUUAGUUACUAUCUAUAUAGUGAUUGAAGAAUGAAAAUGAUGACCGUUUUGCACUUCUACGAGUGAUUUCACGUCUUGGUUAGUAACGGUUCACCGCGAGCAACUGCUACAACUGUAACCGUCCUAAACUGGUUUUGACAACAAUUGCCUAGGUCGUUAGUGCUGCGCGUCGCUGUCCCAAAUAAAAAUAUAUAUGACUAUAAUGGUUCGAUUCGACCAUGGUGGAGGUUUUUGUGUGGAAAACUCUGCUCAAUAAAGAAGGGGAUCUUAUUGAUCCAGAAGAAACUCUCAGGAAUAAAGUAGUAGGACUAUAUUUUUCUGCCGGCUGGUGCCCACCUUGUCGAGAUUUCACCCCUAUUCUAUGCGAUUUUUACACGGAACUUGUCGAGGAGAGCGAGCCACCUGCACAGUUCGAAAUAGUUUUCAUAUCUUCUGACAAGUCAAGUGAUGAUAUGGUGGAAUAUUAUCAUGACAUGCACGGGGACUGGCUGGCCCUGCCAUGGACGGAUCAAUACAAACAUGAUCUCAAGAACAGGUACAAAAUCACAGCAGUCCCCAAGCUGGUUAUUGUGAAGGAGAAUGGAGACGUGAUCACAGACAAAGGCAGGAAACAGAUCCGGGACCAGGGCCUGGCCUGCUUCAGGAGCUGGCUCGGGGUGGCCGAAGUCUUCCAGAACUUUAAAGCUUCCUAGACAUUCUAAAAUACAUAAUUCUACAUUCUAGAGCAUCUUCCUGCUCCUAACCCAUAAAGACUGUUCUUAUCUAGCUGUCUAUUCUAAACUUCUGCACUAUAACGCAAUA